GUCACAGUGAAAAACAAACCCGCUUCACCAAUCAUCAUUGUUUGCUUUUACAAUCAUUCUUCUUCAUUUUGUGCCUGCUUUUCCCCCGCGCUCUCCAUAUUACAUGUCGUCUGCUGGUCGGUGCAUGCAGUGAUUAACGUUGGCAAGGUUUUCGUCGUUGGCCGAUGAUCAUUCGAGCCUCUGAUUACCCUCACACCACUCGGUCCAACUCUUCGCUAUGAACCGUGUAGCGUGCCACGACGUCACCAUUGCCAAAUUAUCAUCCCCUAACCCCCCCCCCCCCUUCCCACCACCAUCACCACCAACUCUCUCUAUCCUACCCUUGGACUCGCUCGGAUGAUACCGCCUAUCACCCAUCCAUGCUGGCUGAGCAACUUUUAUUUCAAUAGUGGUGUGUGAGUGCGUCGGAUCGAGUGGUGGCGGAGUCCGCGACAGCAAAUUGGAUUGUAAAUUUUGAUUUCUAAUCUCGUCACGGCGCGGUAAACAGCAGAACUUCUUGGUUGCAGAGAUACGGGUAAUAUACCAUCAAACUGAAGCGAAGAAAGGCAGACACACUUUUCCAGUGCAAGUUGUUUAUGUCACCGUUUCUUGAGGAGUUGAUUUAUAGCUUGGAUUGAUGAUCACUGGUUUCAUAUCUAAGGUAGACAGACGCUUCUGUGAUCUCCAUUUCUUCGAUUCGCUUCUCACUCUCACAGUGUUUUUCACGAUAAAUCGUUAAAGAAACCUGAGGACCACAAGAUUCAAAAGCAGAAUUAAUUAACAAGCAUUUUUGGAAAGCAAGCUGCCAAGUGACUCUGCAAAGUAUCAUGUUCAUUCCAUCCGAUCUUUUUCGAAUCGCUUUUUAUCGGAUUCCGGAACACAUAUUUUACCUAUGAACCAUUAGACUUCCAAAAGCAAACCAAGAUAGUGCUGCGGAAGUGUGCUCUUGAUUCUCUAGUUCUUUUGAGCAACUUAUUCGGACUGAUAAAGGCUUUGACAAACUCUGGCAUACAGUCACAUGAAUGCCUUAUCCCUUUAGACCCUGCAUAAACAACAAUACUAUAUACACACAAAUUAUUGAUGUCGUUUAGUUCUUCAAAACUAAUCGUUCAACUCGAGUACUUUCAGGAAAUACCACCGUUGUUCAGGAAUUUUACACUUGGUUUACAAUCACUCCUCUUCAGCGUCGUUAUACCGUCGUGGUCCGCCAGAUUUACUUCGUAUCUUUGAUUUCGUUCCUUAUUCGAACUCCUCGUCGACAUCGGAGAGAAGAACAAAAAUGGGGGUCUCUCGAUUUGUAAUGAUUCUGCAGGGAAUGACUGUUCGCUGCGUGUUUUGUAUAGCAGCCAUGAUUAGUGUCUUUGGGGUUGUAACGGUUAAACAACAGCAGGCCUACUGGCUACUACUCAACUUGUCUUUCUUGCUCUUCCUCGAGGCUGCUAUCACAUUCACAAGAACCAAGACAGGGGAAUGGAAAUGGUUUUGUCCCAGUGUAUUGCUAUUUCUGGUCGCCACUGUUCCGUCCCUCUGGCUCCUUGAGGUGACACUCCUCAACGAAAGAAUGAACUAUGCCGAGAUGCAUGGAGGAGACUGCAUCUCAUUGGAAGAAGUGGAAACGAACAACACCCAGUUGGUGGCCAAAAUAUCUGGGGUGACCUUACCGCUUAUUCUGACCACACAGAGCUGGUCUAUCGCUCUCCAACAAGCCCUCCUCUUCGUACUCAUUCUAGGACGAUGGCUGCUACCCAAGGGCGAGCUCACCAGGGACCAACUCUCACAACUUCUGCUGGUCUACAUCGGCAUUGCAGCUGAUAUUCUAGAAUUCGUGACGGAGAACCUGAAACUUGAACAGGUUCGCUGUAACCCUAUCAUGGUGGUGUGUAUCCUGAGUCUGUGGACUUGGAGCCUAAUGCAAUUCACACUGGGUCUCACAGCUACCAAGGCCCGUAAACCACGUGUCGCUGGUACGAGUUUGCGCAAGAAAAAAGAUGAAAACAAGCCUAAGGUUGCGUUCUGCUGUGAGACCGAAGUCUGGGGUAUCAUGGCAACCGUGGUGAUGCAGGACGGUCCCUUCCUCACCAUGCGUCUUUAUCUCUUGACGGUAGAGGAAGCCGUCAAUCACAUGAUGAUCUUCUUCACUUGUAAGAACAUGCUCAUCAUGCUACUCCAGAUGUACCGCCUUUUCGUCAUCUGCAUCGAGCGUCCAGGGAUGCAGGAUUCUGCCAUCGUCAAGACGGUUGGGAGGUACCGUGACGCAAGCAAACGCUACGUCAAUGAGCACGCGGCCGAACGAAGGCGUCAGAAGCAGUUGCACCACGAUCUCAGGCUCCGUCAUGGGGAUCACAAGUCGAGUCCCAAGCACAGCAUGUCCCAGCACCGUCUCAUACCUGAUGUAACGGAAGCCCUGACACCUGGACAAGCCAUGCCUCUCCUACCUUCCUUCCCUCUCACACUUAUCACUGGUCAACAACGGGGCAUCGGCGACGGGUACGACGACAACUCCAACAAGGACCGUGAUGUCGAGAAGCAACAACCAAAACCCGUGGUCGAUAAGAGAGAAGAACUGUCCGAUUACGACAACGCUAUGAACGAUUUCGACAUCCAUCCUGUCCCUUCGCCGACCCGGGGGACAUCCACCAAUGCGACGGUACAUAACGCUCCUCAGUUAGCGUCGUUUUGACGUUACGUCAAUGCUCUUUGAUACAAUUUGUUAUAUUCUAGGAGAGAGUUAUACCAGGGAGU